AUUUUUAAUUUAAUUAAUUUAAAAAUGUUUUUUCCAUAUUUAUUGUAAAUGAAAGCCAAUAAGGAUUCAACGAAUUGUUAUUUCGCUUUUCGUUGGAUUGUCUGCCAAUUCAAGCGAGAGUUCAUGAAAAGCGAAUCCGACGAAUACAACGAUUGUCUCAUUUGUUGGGAGAGUAUUUGGACGUCACAUAUAAUCAGAAAGAUUGGCCAAAAGGCCGCCGACAGCACAUCCACCGCAGAUCACGAUCUGCUCACGUGUGAGACACACAACACCACUGAACCACAAACUAAGACAAUGAUAGGCAGUCACGAGAAGAUCAAUAAGAGUCUGAGCACAGGAGCCCUCAAUUCCAACACUAUAGACGUACCGGACGUGAAGAUCCGUAACGGACCGCAUAUGAGAUCAAACAGUUUCCGAACCAAAACAGAGAAACGCGAACCGCCGAAGAGUCCGCUCAAGAAGGAGUCCAUCAGUUCUGUGCCCAAAACGCCUGAAAAGCAUUUGACGGACGCAGAGCUGUACACACUAUCGCUAUGCCUGUCAAUCAUACGCAGGGAAAGGGACCUAAUAAUGGCCCAACAGUUGGACGCCACCGAAAUCCUGAAGCAUUUCAAUACACUUCAGCUGAAGAGUGAUUUGGAGAACAUAUUACUGCACGCGUCACACAUCUGGUAUUGGUUGACACACGACGGCGAGUCACUGCUCUAUAAACAGUCGGAACAGACGGCCGCCGAACCCACCGACGACUUCGACCUCUUGCCCGACUCGAUGCCCGACGAAGACUACUAUAUAAUCAAUGCAUCGAAUAUCUAAUUGCCUCACAAAUGGGAUAAUAAUCUAUUUUAAGCCUCAUUUUUAUGUCGUGAAGCGAAUUAUGUUUAAAUUAUUUGAUUUAAAUGUCAAUUAAGAAAAAGUAUUUUAAAAAAUCUUUGAUUAUAUUUAGAUUUAAUUGCGGCUAAAAAACGAGAGACACUUAAAGCGAUUGCCAAAUAUUUUACAUUCAGCUAUAGUUUUAUGGAAAUCUAGUUUUGCGUACAUUUAGUGGAAGUAUACUGUAUAAAGUGAUUAGUCUAUAGUGGUAUCCCAUUAUUGCUUACCUAUUGUGUUGGGAAUAUAUUACAUAAUAAUUCUAAUGUUUUAUUUCUGAUCUCAUACUCCCUUUGAUGUGAAAAGUCUUUGACAAAUAUGGGACACAUUUAUGAAUAUAUUUUCAUAUAUUAUGCUUUGUUUUAGCGGUGAAUAUGUAUUCUUACGGCAAAUUGUUAACGGAUUAGGAAUAAUAGGAGUAA